CACACAUUCUGCGUGCCUCAACCCAUCCCUAUGACUUGUGGAUCAGUGACAGAGGAAGCACUUGUCCCGACGUAUGUGGACGGCGCCCCGGUGUAUUUGGAUGCAAAGUCAGCCCACAGACUGACAGCUCGGUCCUCGAAAUGUCACGUCUUUUUUGGAGAUAAAGCCUGAGUGAAUACGGCAGACCUCCGGACGGCUGGCUGAUCAGCACGGACAGGGACUCCCGAGAGCGUUUUAGCCUACUUAGUCGCCAAAUUUGGGUUACUGACCUGGAUGGUGCCUCGUAACUCGGAUGCAACCACACGCCCAUGCGACGAUCGGUGGAUGUUGCUGUCCAGGUUAGGUUACAGUAAACCAUAAUUGUUUACGUAUUUCAAUAAAGCUGUUUAGGCUGUUUGGGGGCGGAUAACGCAUAACUGGAUAUACUAGUCUACUUACAACCUUUUUUUAUAACACCAUAUUAUAAUAACCGCAUUGUAUUAUUAUUAUUAGGGCCUAUUAUUAUUAAGACGGAGUAUCAAGCUAUUCAUAAAGGAAACAUGGAGCCGGAGUGGAUUUCUUCAUCGCCUUAUUUCAUCUCGUCCACUCGGAUCAGAGAUAGCCUACUGUAAUUCUGCACUGCCUCCAUACCAACCUUCGUUAACAAUAUUGGCUGAUGGUUUCUGUCUCUCCCGAAGAAGUCAUGGAUGUUUAAAAAAAGAAAACUCAGCUUCGCUACAAGACUAUUUAGCCUAUUGAUGAUCUGACGCUGACCAUGCUGACAGGACAAUGAUAAAUGUUGGCAUCCCUUUACUGUCUCCAGUGAAUAAGAGUUUCUUUUCUAACCGAGGAUUUGUCACUAUCACAAAUGUACGUACAAAUGUAGCCUGGCUGCACAAUCGACUGAACCAGGCCGCUGCACAGAGACGGAGGCGGGUUUGUUGUGCUCAGACUUUGCUGGAUACUGAACAUGGUGCCACUUUACAGCUCCGCAUUGAAUACCUGCCGCCCAGCCACCGUCGGCUUGUUUCUGUAAUUCCCCAGCUGUCUUAAAAUGGACGGGGCCUUUUUGAUAAAGGCUAUUCAGGGACGUUGAACCGGCUCACGAAUAGCCAUGCAUGUAAGAUUUAGCCUGGACCGGCUUUUCGGGAUGUAGGGCGAAAACCGCAGUAAACACAGUAGCCUAUAGAAGAGGAAACAGCCCAUAUUCAUGGAGAUGGCUGGCGGGUGAGGUGCAUCUACACUGGGCUGGAUGAAAAAUAAUGAGGACCCCUGCUCAGAGGAUUUCACUCAGCUCAAACACAGAUUGCAUUUUUUUUAAUGGCCGCCUAAAUAGUCCCUAUUUCAUACCACAAUUAAUCACUUGUGGUUUUAUUAUCACCUCUUAGUGUCUGCAGCUCUCAGAGUCAUGGCAGUCGUUCUCAAUGGGCUGAUAUUACAGAAGAGGGUCAAAACAAUAAAUCAUGAGCCCUUAUACGUUUUUUUUAGCUUAAUGUAGAUUAACUCUUCUUAAUUGUAAAGUAUAAUAUAGGCAAUUUUUCAAUCAAGUAGCCUAUGUAACUGUUUUAGUAAUUGUAGGCAGAAUUUGAGAGACCAGUGAGAGAAAUUAUGUGUGGAUUUACUUUCACAACUCAUUCACUGAUCAGGAACUCUGCAGACUGAAGGCAUCAUCAUUUCCGAAGGAUUUCAUCAGACUGAGAUAAACACAUAUUCUGCUCUCCUGUGAGAGUCUGGCAGCUUUUUCUAAAAGACAGAAUUGUGGAAACAAUCAAUUAGUUUUCUGGGGGGGGGGGGUGGGGGGCGGUGCACCACACUCAUGAAAUUCCCUGCUGAGUGUCAUUGUUCGACCUGAUGUACGUUGUCCCUGAGUGAACUUGCCUUGGGAAUACAUGUUACUUACACACUGCGUAGCAACACCACAGGAGCAACCGGUGACAGGAUUUGGCACAGUUUCAACAGCGAGCUGUGUGAUGGGGGGGAGCAGUCGCGGCUCUCUGGUCCUCUGAUCCCAUCUCCCCUCCACUGGUGGUCGAGGACACCUCGUCUCUGUCAAUGGGCCCUGUAUGGAUUUUGUGCCUGAGUUGACAGAGGGCAGACCUACAGCGUCAAACAGCAGUCAGGCUUUCAUGAACCCAUACGGCAGAGCGAGCAGCACGGCAGCCCCCCUGUCCUGCACCAGCUGCGGGGGCUGCUGCUCCCCACCUCCCCCUUGCCUAAUCCCGCCCUCCUUAACUACCUCCUCUUCCUCCUCCAUGCCCCCAAAUAUGACCCCUCCGCCGCCGAUGUGUCCAGCCCCCAUCGUGCAGGUGGAAAAUGGAAGCAGCUGGAACUCCUCCACCAUCUCCUCCUCCGGCUCCCCGGACUCCCACCCUGAUCACCACUGUGGGGCCCACAACCCCAACCCCUACUGGACGGCAGUGUUCGACUAUGAGGCCACUGCAGAUGAGGAGUUAACCCUGCGGCGUGGGGACCUUCUUGAGGUUCUCUCCAAAGACUCCAAAGUGUCUGGGGACGAGGGUUGGUGGACAGGCAAGAUUCAGGACAAGGUGGGUAUCUUUCCAUGCAACUACGUCACGAGGGGGGGCGCUGCCAACUACCAGCAACUGACUGCAGGAGGGCUGGUGGCAGGUGGGGUGGAUGACUGCCCCGUGGAGAUAGACUUCACAGAACUGUUCCUGGAGGAGGUGAUUGGAGCUGGUGGGUUUGGGAAGGUGUACAAAGGAGUAUGGCGAGGAGAAGAAGUAGCAGUAAAGGCCGCAAGGCAAGACCCCGAUGAAGAUAUUAGUGCCACAGCAGAGAGUGUGCGGCAGGAGGCCAGGCUGUUCUGGAUGCUUCGGCACCCCAACAUAAUCGCUCUCCGUGGGGUCUGCCUGCGGGAGCCCAACCUGUGCUUGGUGAUGGAGUAUGCCAGAGGGGGGGCUCUGAACCGAGCGCUUGCUGGAAAGAAGGUUCCUCCAAGAGUCCUGGUGAACUGGGCGGUCCAGAUUGCCACAGGGAUGGACUACCUGCACAACAAAGCAUUCGUACCAAUAAUCCACAGAGACCUCAAGUCCAGCAACAUCCUAAUCCUGGAACCAAUGGCGCGGGAUGACUUGAGUGAGAAAAUCCUGAAGAUCACAGACUUCGGCCUGGCCAGAGAGUGGCACCAGACCACCAAGAUGAGUGCAGCGGGGACCUACGCCUGGAUGGCCCCCGAGGUCAUCAAGCUCUCCCUCUUCUCCAAGAGCAGCGACGUGUGGAGUUUUGGUGUGUUGCUGUGGGAGCUGCUGACCGGCGAGGUUCCCUACCGGGAGAUAGACGCUCUGGCGGUAGCUUAUGGUGUUGCAAUGAACAAGCUAACACUGCCCAUCCCUUCAACGUGCCCUGAACCUUUUGCUCAGCUGCUGGGAGAGUGUUGGAGCCCGAACCCCCGCAGCAGGCCGUCCUUCACCAGCAUCCUGAGGCGGCUGCUGGCCAUCGAGCAGUCAGCCAUGUUUCAGAUGCCUCUGGAGUCCUUUCACUCCUUACAAGAAGACUGGCGGCUGGAGAUCCAGCAGAUGUUUGACGAGCUUCGGGCCAAAGAGAAGGAGUUGAGGUCUUGGGAGGAGGCGUUGGCUCGGGCAGCCGAGGAGCAGCGGGAGCAGGAGGAGCAGCUUAGGAGGAGAGAGCAGGAGCUGGCGGAGAGGGAGAUUGACAUUGUGGAGCGAGAGCUGAACAUCAUCAUCCACCAGGUGUACCAGGAGAAACCCAGCGUCAAGAAGAGAAAGGGCCACUUUAAGAAGAGCAGAUUACUGAAGCUGGGCCGAGACGGCAACUGUAUCAGCCUGCCCUCUGGCUUUGAGCACAAGAUCACAGUUCAGGCGUCUCCCAGUGUGGACAAGAGGAAGACCCAGGGGAGCGAGAGCACCACCCCGCCUGCCAGCCCGGGGGUCAUACCCCGAUUGAGAGCCAUAAGAUUGACACCGAGCGACGGCAGUAAGACGUGGGGUCGCAGUGCUGUGUGUAAGAAGGAAGACCUGUCGGCCACCAAGAAGAAAGGCCGCACCUGGGGACCGAGCUCCACCCACCAGAAAGAGAGGGUCGGCGGGGAGGAAAAACUGAAAUCACUGGGUGAGGGAUCUAAGGUUUGGUCCUCCAGUGCACCAAAUCUGGGCAAGUCCCCCAAACAUGCACCCAUGACUGCUGGCUUCUCCAGCCUCAACGAAAUGGAGGAGUGCGGUGAGUUUGAAGAGUCACCAGGAUCCUUACUGCCCUCAGAUGCUAGCAGUAACGGGGCUGUGGAGGACUCGGGGUCCCUGUGGGGCAGCCUGGGGCAAAACGCGGUGCCUGCUCUCGGUAAUACAAGCUCCUGUCAGGGGCCCGGCGGGCUGGGGACAGGGGCGAGCUACCAGGACUCGCUCCGACGCUGCAGCCAGAGGAAGAAGAGUGACAUGUUGCUGUUGGGUUGCGCCUCUCUGCUCGCUUCUGUUGCCCUCGGACAAGACCUGCUUCAGCUGGGAAAACUACAGGUGCUUCAGGAUGAGCAGGAACUCAGAGAGGAGCAGCCUAAGAAGAAGGAGGGCCUCUUCCAGCGGACGGGACGUUUCCGUCGCAGCACCUCUCCGCCCAGCCGAAACCUCUCCCUCUCCCUCUCGAGACAUCACGACUCAGCACUCCCCUGCAUGGACCCAUCUCCCUCUGUCACACUCCUUUCUUUGUCCUCUCUGUCUGACUGCAACUCCACAAAGUCCCUCCUUCCCUCCGACCCAGACGAGUACCCCCUGACCCCGGUGACAGGGGUCAAAACACCGGUGGCACCACCAGCUCCUGCCCUCAACCCGCUCUUGGACCUGCGGGCGGAGAGCUUCAAGAAGGAGCCCAACCAGUCGCUCACACCCACCCAUGUGUCUGCAGCCAUGGCCCUGAACAGAGGACACCGACGGACCCCGUCAGAUGGGGCGAUACGACCCAGAGCCCAAACUCUGGGACAUCACAGGACGCCGUCAGAUGGAAGCAUGCCCAUGCCUCCUCCACCGGGAGCACCACACAGGACUACUAACAAAGGUACACAAGACACCCUGAACAUCCCCCGCCUCCCCGACCCCUCCACCCUCUUCCCAGUCCCACAUCGGCGUAAAGCCCCCGCUCCGCCGAUCCCUGACCCGGAUCCUCUCUGCCUCGUCAGCCCCCUGGAGAGACCCAAGACGCUGGAGUUUGCCCCCCGGCCGCGGCCCACCCCUGUCAGGAUGAGAGCCGACCCCUGGAAGCUGGGCUCUCUCUCCCGGACCCUCAGCUCGUCGCCAGGCAGCAGCUGCGACAGCCCCCUCGGUUCAGGGGACAGCAGCGCCAGCACCGCACGACCCAACCUGAUGGACAUGGACGUGGAGGGCCAGAGUGCGGACCCCACUGUACCUCUGUGUGGACAGCGGCAGCCUGCCACUCUUUGUGGACAACAAUACUCGUAGGGACAAACGGCAAGUGGACAUUUCCAAGUCUACAGUUUUGUGUUCAAACUUGCUCCAGGACGUUAGAGCAUGGGCUGAAUACAGAAUGAGUACUGAUGUCUGAGCCGAACAAAGUGCACUCGAUGAAGUUUGGAAAAACAUCCCACUUGUCAUGUUUUAGGCACUUACAGAAAGCCGUUCGUCCCACGUGCCCCUUUAGUGUCCUAAUGAGGUGUGAAAGCCUUUCCCUGAUAGCGCUCUCUAACCUGCACGACACCGAGGGUCCUAGAGGCCUUUUAAAAGCCUUGUAGUGUGCUCACCACCUACCUUACCCAACACUUCUCUCCACCUGCUUCUUAGUGCGUCAUGACCAGUCAUUUCCUACGAGACUCACAACCUUCAAAAGCCAUUCAAUUACUUAAAAGGCCACUUUCUGACUUGUUGACUAAAUGUUCAUUUCUACCCAUCUGCUUGUGCUUUUGCCUGUCCAAUUUCUGCUUGCAUCUGUUCAGUCUCUCACAUAAAGAAAAAAAUCACAUUUCACCAAAACAUUCAUUGCUUCAGGAGUGUUUCCCAGACAAAAAGCUGGAGCUGGACUAUUUGAAAUUCUUAAUAGUGAGUGUACUUGUUCUUAUUUUGCACGCCGUUCGUUCUGCCGGUGCACAAACAUCUUCCAUAAACUCUCCUUCAUCCUCACGUUGUUGUCUCUCUGUGCGGGGUGAUCGUCCCGUCGUUCCCUCCAAGACUAGCCUUUUUUCUGACUGCACUGGUGGACUGCUUACACCCUCAACCUUGUCCAGUAAAAAACAGAGUUUAUAUUCUCAGUGCUUGCACCCACCACUACCACUACCUGUUAGCAAACAACAUGCUUUUGUCUUGGUUUGGCAGACCAGGUGUGUUAAUCUCUGUGUGAAUGUGUAUAUAUCGCUGUACAAGUGUGGAGUGUUUUUAUUUAAAUUUUAUUAUUUUUUAUUUUGUUGACAAAAACAUUCCUCACUAGCGGUCAGUAGCACUCUGUACUAUAUGGAUCCCGGUCAUGCCACUGAAAUGGACCAGAAAGAAGAAAACACUGCAGAAUAAUGACUUCAACGUUGACCUCAUGUUCAUGUUGGACCGCUUAAUAUUUUCCUCUGACCUCUUGUAUUCAACAUCAGUGGCACUUUAGGAGCCAUGUUGUGCAACUAGUUAGUCUCUCAGUGGACGAGUGGACUCUAGUCACGGCUGACAAAUCAACCCUUAUCUGCGGAGUUGUUUUCGCACAGUGGACAGUUCAUCUUGGCUGCAGGUGGCAUUUACUUGACAGUGCGCAUUUCUCUAAGUGAGUGUGUGUGUGUGUGUGUGUGUGUGUGUGAAUAUGCGUGUGUGUUAUUUGUAUGGGAUGAUGACAAUCCCAUCUGUAGAGUGAGCCCAAACUCAUUCUCCUCGUGUGGUUAAGGACACUGAGUAUUUAUUAAAUUUAUUGUUAUUAAUGGAAAGGAUUCCUUAUUGUUAUUACGAUGCUCUCCCUGUAUAUAUUUGUUAAUAUAACAGGAAAAAACAAGAACCAACUGCUUACUGAAACGUCCAUGCUGUCUCCAGUCUCAACCUGUGACAUUUCUGGGUUCAUUGAGGAAUAAGUGCGAAAUGUGAUGAGUGAGAGACGAAUAAAAAAGAAAAGAAAGAUG